AUGGCAACUAUAAAUAAUAGUAGUACAUCAUUAGAACCAAUAGCUUUAAUAGGUAUGUCAUGUGAAUUUGCAGGUGAUAUUCAUUCACCAAAUGAUUUAUGGCAUGCACUAAAAGAAAGUCGUGAUGUUGGUAGUACAACACCAAUUGAUCGAUUUGAUCUUGAAUCAUUUACUGCUCAUAUGCUUAAUAUGGAUAAUAGUGGACAAUUUCGUCAAAAACUUCUUCGUGCUGGUUAUUUUAUGUCAAAUCAACAAUGGGAUAUGUUUGAACCAAGUUUUUUUGAUUUAUCAGAUGCUGAAGCAGGCAGCGUUGAUCCAUGCCAUCGAUUACUUAUGUUAAAAUUUGUUCAUUUGCUUGAUGAUGCUGGAUACAGUGUUGAAAAAAUCAAUGGUACAAAAACAUCAGUACAUAUUGGACAGUUUUCAACAGAUCAUGCACUUGCAACAAGUCGUAUGAGACCUGAACAUCGGUCAAGAUUUCAUGGGCCUAAUAGUUUAUUAUAUAAUGCUUCAACUCGUUUAUCAUAUCAUUUUAAUUUACAUGGUCCAAAUGUCUCAUUAGAUGUUGCUUGUUCAUCAUCUUUAGAAGCUUUGCAUAUGGCUGUACAAUGUCUUCGUACAAAUGAAGCCGAUAUGGCUGUAUGUGGUGGUGUUAAUGGAAUUUUUACACCAGAAAAUUUUUUGUUUAGUUCACUUAUUGGUGCACAAUCACCUGAUGGAAGAAGUCGAUCAUUUAGUGCUGAUGCUAAUGGUUAUGCUAAAGGUGAUGGUCUUGGUCUUUUAUUAUUAAAACGAUUAAGUGAUGCUGAACGUGAUGGAGAUCGUAUAUAUUGUGUUAUUCGUGAUGUACUUAGUGGUCAUGAUGGAAACGAAGAUAAACUAAAUUUUGUCGUUCCAUCCGCUGCUGGACAAGGACGUUUAUUAGCAAAUAUUUAUUCAAGAAAUAAUUUUGAUACUCGAAAAAUCUUAUUUGUAGAAGCACAUGGUACAGGGACACCAGUUGGUGAUCCAAUUGAAGCCAAUUGUUUAGGUCGUUUUUUUAAUCGAUCAAAUCUUGAUCCACCAUUAUUAUUAGGUUCAAUUAAAAGUAAUUUAGGACAUACAGAAGGUGCAGCUGGCGUAGCAUCACUUAUUAAAGUUGCUAUGUGUAUGUAUCAUCGUGGUAUUACAGCAAAUAUGCAAUUUACUUCACUUAAUCCAAAAAUAGAUGCACAAAAAUAUAAUCUACAUAUUGUUCAAAAUUUUAUACCAUUUCCAACUCUUCCAAAUAAUGAAAAAAUAGCUAUAGGAGUUAAUUCAUUUGGAAUGGGUGGUACAACGACACAUGCUAUUAUUGAAGAAUAUCAACCAAAUAAAAUAUCAAUUACAAAUGGUCAUAUCAACGGAUAUCAUAUUAAAAGUAAACAAUAUUUUACUUUCAUUUUUUCAACAAAAAGUCGUCAAACUCUUAAUGAUCAAUUAAUUGAAUUCAAACGUUGGUUAGACACAAAACCAAUUAAUAAUAUAGAUGAUGAUGAUGAUGAUCAAGCUUUUCUUCAACGUAUAUCUCAGCAACUUCUUCUUAAAAGAACUAUUAGUUAUACACAUUCAGCAAUCUUUGUUUUCGUCAAUCGUCAACAAUUACAAGAUCAAAUCAAUGCUUUUCUUACUGAACAAACAUCACCAGGCCUCUCAAUCAUAUCACGUCCAACAAAAGCAUUAUCACAGAAAAUAUGUUUUGUUUUUAGUGGACAAGGUCCUCAAUGGUGGGCUAUGGGUAGACAAUUAUAUGAAAGUGAACCUUUGUUUAAUAAAUGGAUUAAUUUAAUUGAUAAAGAAAUGACAAAAAUUAAUAAUGGUGAAUGGAGAUUAUUAGAAGAAUUAAUCGAAAAGAAAAAUGAACAAGAAUCUCGUAUUAAUGAUACAAAUAUUGCUCAACCAACAUUAUUUACAAUACAAGUUGCAUUAACAGUUUCACUUAUUUCAUGGAAAAUUGAUCCAUCAUCUAUAAUAUCACAUAGUGCUGGUGAUCAAGCAGCUGCUUUUGUUGCUGGUCGUUUAAGUUUAGAAGAAGCUAUUCGUAUGUUAGCUGUUUCAAUGAGUGAAGAAGAAAUAGAAAAUAAACUUCUUAAAGGUAUUGAACAUUUGGCUUGUAUUGCUUUUGUUAAUAGUCCUCGUUCAGUGACAAUAAGUAGUGAUGAAAUACAACAAAUACUUUCAAUCUCUUAUCCAAAUGUAUUUGAAGCACGACUUCAUAAAGCAGCAAAUGUUUUUCUUGAAAUUUCGUCACACCUAGUUUUAGUAAAAUCAAUUCGUGAAUGUUAUGAAUUAACAAAUCAACAACAAUCAUCGCCACUUAUUCUUCCAACAUUAAAACGAAAAGAAAAUGAACAAAUAACACUACUUUCUAGUCUAGCACAACUUACAACAUCAUCUCAUGUAUGGCAACAAUAUUUCCAUACUCGUCAAAUUUUACCUAUGAAAAAUCAUAAAGAAUAUUUUGAUACUAAUCGUAUACCGACUCAUCCAUUACUUGGCAUUCGUCAAUUAGUUGAUCAAACAAGUGCAACAUGGAAAAGUCUUAUUAAUAUUAAUCUAUCACAACAUAUUUAUUUAAAAGAUUAUAAAAGUCAAGAUCUAAUUCUUUUUCCAGCUGUUGCUUAUCUUGAACUUGCAACAGCUGCUUGUCAACAAUUACUUCCAUGA